AUGACAGAACCGAUUCGCUUGGGAGUUAUCGGCCUAUCCGCCAAAGGAUGGGCAUCUACGAAUCUUGUACCUCCCCUUCUUGCUUCGCCUCUCUCGUCGCAUUACAAGCUUCUUGCCAUAUCCACCACGAACCCCACGUCUGCCGAGGCAAGUGCAGCGAAGUAUUCCACUGCCGAAACCGCGGUGAAGGGCUAUCAUACUCCUGAGUCUAUCGCUGCAGAUCCCAACCUUGAUUUGAUCGCCGUGUCAGUGAAGACGCCCAAUCAUGUAGAGAACGCCAUAAAGGCCAUUAAGGCUGGGAAGGAUGUCUUCAUCGAGUGGCCGGCUGGGAGAGGAUUGAAGGAGACGAAGCUUCUUGCUGACCUAGCAAAGGAGAAGGGGAUCCGGACGAUCGUUGGGCUUCAAGCAAGGCAGAGUGCGUUGUUUCGCAAGGUGAAGAAGUUGGUCGCAGCGGGAGAAAUUGGAGGCGUUUUGUCCACGAGCAUGACAUCACGAAUGUCCGGUCCGCAUGCGCCAUGGGGACCAACGGUGUUUAAAGGAGGCGAAUACUUGUUGAAGAAGGAUAACGGCGCAACACUUCUUGAUAUCCCUGGAGGCCAUUUUCUCGAGGCAUUCACGUAUAUUCUUGGACCGAUUGAUACCGUAUCCGCGACCGCAGUCGUUCAGUACGCCUCAUCCCAAGUAGUCGAUCUGGAUGGCACGCCCACUGAUGUUGUCUCCGCUGACGGUCCGUCGCAGGUAGCCGUAUCUGGCACGCUAAAGAGUGGUGCUGUGAUGAGCUUGCACUGGCGUGCGGGGAUGGAGCAACCUGCCAAUGUGAAAGCGGCGACUCCGCUUUUAUGGGUUAUCGACGGGACGAAAGGAAGUAUCAGGAUUGAGAGCGACAAUCCCUUGGCAGCUUUUGUAGAGAUGUGCGAACCAACGCAGCUUUGGGUGAAUGGUGAUGAGGUGAAAGUUGAGUAUGAUGGUAAGACGAAUGAGGGUAGGGCCUGGGAGGAAUAUUUGAAGGGCGAAGGCGCGGGAAACUAUCCCGACUUGCAGCAUGCGGUUAAGAUCAAGAGCAUCAUCGAUGCCAUUUGGAGGAGUGCUGAGGGAGGCGUUAGGGUUGGUCUGUAA